CCACUUAUACAUUUCCUGCAACGUCCUAAUCCACCCCCCAUUCCCCCUUUUUUACUCUCAGAUGCUACUGCGAAGCUUGAGAGGAGGUGGAUGAUGAAAAUAUAGAGGGGGGGAGAUCGGCUCGAGAUUGCGGAUUAUUUUUCUCCUUUCCUAAAGGAGGCGAAUUUGAGUGUGAGGGGGGCUAUUCUGAAGGAAGUGCUGAGCGCCCGUUUACGGAGGGGGCGGAAAAAGAGCCCCACCAGAACUACUGGAUCAAUGAGAGAAGACUCAGAGGAUCCCCUGCUGACUUGAGAAAGGAAAGAGAGAGAGAGAGAGGCACACAGAUUCCUGAGGAACUUAAAAAGAAAAAAAGCUCUGCCAGAAGGAACUCCAGGAACCAUGAGCAGUGCAGCAUUGCUGACUCACCUUCCAGACCCCAGUAGCAGCUUCAGAGAGGAUGCCCCACGCCCCCCUGUGCCAGGGGAAGAAGGAGAGACACCAUGCCACCUGGCUGCCAAUUUGUUUGCCAUGAAAAACCAAAGCUUCAAGGCCAUGUCAGUUUCUUCCACACCAAGGAGGAAUGAGGAUGGUCUUGGGGAGCCAGAAGGCAGUGCAUCUCCAGACUCUCCUCUAGCACGAUGGACCAAAUCCUUGCAUUCCUUACUGGGAGAUCAAGAUGGUGCUUAUCUCUUCCGGACCUUCCUGGAAAGGGAGAAAUGUGUGGAUACUUUAGAUUUCUGGUUUGCCUGCAAUGGCUUCAGGCAGAUGGACCUUAAGGAUACCAAAACAUUAAGAGUAGCCAAAGCUAUCUACAAAAGGUACAUCGAGAACAACAGCAUUGUCUCCAAGCAGCUCAAACCUGCCACUAAAACCUACAUAAGGGAUAGUAUCAAGAAACAGCAGAUCGAUUCUAUAAUGUUUGACCAGGCACAGACUGAGAUUCAGACAGUGAUGGAGGAAAAUGCUUACCAGAUGUUUUUAACUUCUGAUAUAUACCUCGAAUAUGUAAGGAGUGGGGGAGAAAAUCCUGCUUACAUGAGCAGCAAUGGACUGGGAAGCUUAAAAGUGGACUGUGGCUAUCUCCCUACUUUGAAUGAAGAGGAGGAAUGGAGCUGUGCAGAUUUUAAAAACAAACUCUUGCCAUCUGUACUUGGGCUGUCCAGUAAGACACUGAGGGCUACAGCAAGUGUCCGGGCUACAGAAACAGUGGAAAAUGGGUUCAGGUCCUUCAAGAGAAAUGAUCCUAUUAACCCUUACCAUGUGAACUCCGGCUAUGUCUUUGCUCCUGCCACUAGUGCAAAUGAUAGUGAAAUAUCUAGUGAUGCUCUUACUGAUGAUUCCAUGUCAAUGACAGACAGUAGUGUUGAUGGGAUCCCUCCUUACAGACUUGGGAGCAAGAAGCAGCUCCAGAGAGAAAUGCAUCGUAGUGUCAAGGCCAACGGUCAAGUUUCUCUACCUCACUUCCCAAGAACCCACCGUCUUCCUAAGGAAAUGACCCCCGUGGAACCAGCUACUUUUGCAGCUGAACUCAUCUCUCGGUUGGAAAAGCUGAAGCGAGAGCAAGAAACCAUGGACUCUUUGGAGGAGAGGCUGCAACAAAUCACAGAGGAUGAGGAGAAGGAAGUAUCAGACCUACCUGUUAGUGCACAGAACAGCCGAGAAGUUACAGUGAUGCAACACCAGCAGCACCCGCUCACCCUCUUACCAUCUGGCAGCUAUGAGGACGACCCUCAGGCAAUCCUGGACGACCAUCUUUCCCGAGUGCUGAAGACCCCAGGGUGCCAGUCUCCCGGCAUGGGGCGGCACAGCCCUCGUGCACGCUCUCCAGACCGCCUCCCCAGCAGCAAGUUGCUGCUGACUCCAGGCACAGCCUCCACCCCUACGACCUGUGCCCUGGUCAGCAAAGGAUUUGUCACGAAGCAAACCACCAAGCACGUGCACCACCACUACAUCCACCACCACACCAUCCCCAAGACAAAAGAGCAGAUAGAAGCUGAAGCAGCCCAGCGGGUCCAGUGCUUGUGUGCCGGGGGCAGUGAUUAUUACUGCUACUCAAAGUGCAAGGGGCACUCGAAGGGGGCAGACCUUCCUGUGGCUCAGCUAGAGCCAUUCAGCAUCGGCAGAACUGGGACACUACCAAAAAGGAACUGUAAGCUACCAGAUGGCCUUGUCCUGCCAGGUGGGGAAGGAGGAGGGGUUUCCAUACCACCAGGGAUCCAGCUACCUGGAGGGGAGGCGGACCACUCACAUAACGUCUGGCAGUGGAUGCUCGAGAGUGAAAGACAAUCUAAGCACAAGCCCCAUAGCUCACAAAGCACAAAGAAGGCCUACAACUCAGAGUCCACCAGAGGCACAUUCGCGGAGCGCCCCGCUCGUCACCAUCUGUGGGGGAACAGCAGCCACCUGCGUGGUGCUCAGCCUGCUCACCCCUUUGUCCAGGACCCUGCCAUGCCCCCGCUGCCACCACCUAACACCCUGGCCCAGUUAGAAGAAGCGUGCCGCAGGCUGGCGGAAGUGUCCAAGCCACCGAAGCAACGAAGUUCAGCUUCAAAUCAGCCAAGGGAUCGCAACCACUUGACUUCUGUACCAGGAGGAAAUGGUCCUUUUUGCAAUGCAAGUGUAGCAGCAGAAGAUCAUAAAGAACCAAAGAAACUCCCUGUUGCUCACUCCUCACAGCCGAGUGAGUUGGUUGUCACUUACUUUUUCUGUGGAGAAGAAAUUCCCUAUAGGAGGAUGUUGAAGGCCCAGAGCCUGACACUUGGGCACUUUAAAGAGCAGCUGAGCAAAAAGGGAAAUUAUAGGUAUUACUUCAAAAAGGCAAGUGAUGAGUUUGACUGUGGUGCAGUCUUUGAAGAAAUCUGGGAUGAGGAUGCCAUUCUGCCAAUGUACGAAGGAAGAAUUCUUGGAAAAGUUGAGAGGAUUGACUGACUGACCGACCAGCUGGCAUUGUCUGUGUGAGUGUGUUUAAGGAGACAUAAGCUAAAGAUGCCAGCUUUCAGACCCAAACACCAAACUAAGCUUUUGAAGGAAGUUCUGAACCAAUGAAGAAAAAGCAACAAAAUAAAUUGAGGUCUAUGAAGACUUUGCCAAAUCAGCCUUAGCAAUUUUCUAAAAAGAGAUGUCUGUUGAGCUGGGUACCAAGAUGUCAACACCCUUGAACUAUUUAUUAAGAACAUGACCACUCUGGGCUAUUGAAGAUGCAGACCAUGUUUUGAAAGACUUCCAUAUAUAAUAUAUGGCUUCCUGGGGAUUCCAUACCUAUGGACUAGGAGUAACUCUGUAUAGCUUACCUUACAGUAACCCUUAUUGAUAUUUAUUGAACAGUCUGUUUGUUCCCUUAAGUCCACUUGAUGGACAUGCUGCUUUAAACGAUGGAGAGAGAUGGGAUAUGAUGUAAAGAACAGGGGCGGUUCUAUAUUUUAUUUUAUUUUUGUUUCCACUAGCUAAAUUUUAAAGUGCAUUUGUUUCUGCCACCUUAAAAUCAAACUGGGGUUAUGCUGUACCCAGCAUUUUUCCAGUUGUUUUAUUUCCUGGGAUGUGGGAGGAAGAGAGAAAAAGGAUAUUGUCCUACGCAUUUACUUUACUCCUCUAGAGAAUAUAGUACAUGUACAUUGCUGCUGUUGUGCUUUAAAGGCCCAAUGCAGACGUAACAGUCUUGAUUGCCUAACACCAGGAGAUUGGGAGCACCCAGCAGAUAUUUACAACUCUUCUGCUGCCCUCCUCCCUUUCCCUUUCGGACUUGGCCAUCAUGCAGAGUUAUGUCUGCACUGAUGUUAAUACGAACUGUGGUUCGCUUUAACAGAGCUGGCAGUCUGCUUCUAAUCUUGGUUGCAAAUACUGACUUGAAUUGUGGUUUCUGUUAGUUGAAGCUAACUCUUGGCUAGCUGCAGCAAGGCAGGGGAGGGGAGGGGAAAGUCUGCACAGGAGGAUGGCACACACGGGCAUUCCCGAUCCCCUGCCCAUGAACAAGAGACGGGGAAUGUUGUGAAUGCACCUGACCUUUCGAGGGUUAAAGAAAAUGGCUGCGAGGGGUAAUACGCUAGUAGAGGGCUUGUAAGUCCGUUUCUGUGGUAAGUAUAUACCCCUGCUGUACUUCCCGCCUCCCCUCAAGAUUGCAUUAUGUAUUGUUUCCAGUGCCUGUCUUUAGAAAGACAGCUGGUAGCUAGUCCCAAGCACAGAAAUAAAUAAUUUACAGGUACCUAAUGGAUCAUAUAGUCUAAUCCUGUUUCCUGAUAGAUGCCUAUGCCAAGCAUAGGAGGAAAAACGGUACAUAAAACUAUCUGGUUCAUAUUGAUAAACAUAUAGUCAGAAUUUUUAAAUGGUUUCUUCUUCUCUGAAUUGACUGUUCUUUUAAAAAACAGUGUAGCCACUUCUGCAAUAGUGGCAAAUUUUGUAUUGCAGUUAGAGUAAAUAGGCCAAAUUGUUCAAAUAUUUGGUGCCCCAUCUUAGUUUAAUAGUCACUGGAAUUAAUGGAAGUGCCCUGUUGGUGCAGUGGUGAUGUCCUGGCUCCAACUUUUUAAGUGAUGUUCUGACUUCCCUCAAGAGCUACAGCAAGGCCAGAAUAUCAUUUUCAAUGCAUUUUCAUUGGUGGUUCUGAGAAAGAAAAAGCUGCCAGGCUACCGAAGAAGUCACUGUGUGAUAACGUCACAGUCUGCCUUCGGGCAAGUAAGCCAUUUUAGCUCUUUUGCUGAGCAGCAGUGACGCUGCUGAACCGCAACUGGAGCAGUGUGGGCUUCUGCUCCUCAAGCUACCACACUCUAAACCUUCCCUGACUAGGUUAUGGCUGGAAACAGGAAAAUGCUUGGUUGUGCUGUAAAAUGAUCACACACAUUGUCUAAUUGGAUUAUAUCAUGUUUGUGUGUAUGAGGAGAAAACAACAUGCCUACCCACCCUGGAAAGACAUAGGAUUUCUACUUUUUUAAUUGGUGCAUUGUAUGUCAAUGUUACAUUGCUUUUGUAUAAUAUGACUGUAUAUAGAGAAAAAUGUGGUGGAAAAAAUGCUAUUAAUACACUAUCUCUAGUGUGUGUUUUUAAAAAAAACACUUCAAUCAGUACAGUACCUGUGCCUACAUGGUGUUACUAUGCCAUGUUUCGCCCUGUGUUCAGGGUCCAAAAGCUCCCUUGUUUAUUUAAGGGGUUUAUGUAUAAUAUAUUUUAUGCCUUUUUACUACAGUCUUGUACUUUAUGACUUUUGCCAUGACAUUUGUUCUACUUAUACUGUAAA